AAAAAAAUUGUAAAGCAAAAUAUCUGACAGUUGAUUUCAAAAUGUAUUUUUAUUGAGAAAUAUUAGUUUUGGUUGAUUUUAUUCAGGUCAAUUUGAAUGCCAAUUUCAAUUUAUCAUAAUCCAAAAAUCCUUUAUUGUUCUUGAUAUAAGGAUGUAAUCCAUAAUUUCAAAACAAUAGCCUUUAAGGAUGUUUGCACACUAGGUGUAUUGUGAGCGUGAAUAUGAGUAGAGAUCAUGAAUGUCAAAGGACACAUUAAUACACAUUAAGUGCUCAUCAAAAUAUUUCUACAGUAAGGGUCACUUUUUAAAAUACAUUGUAUGAAAUUGUAAAUACAACAAUGAAUUUAUUUUUUCUCUGUGUAAUAUUUGGAGUUAAGUAUCUUAGAGUGGAUGCUGCCUCAGCAAUAUGUAAAGGUGAGUUUCUCGUUCAAUAAGCUAAAAUAGUAGUAGCAUAAAACCAAUAAAACACUAAAGUAUACUUAUAUUUACAUUGGCACAUUGUAAAUUUACAUACUACUGUAUGCUGUGUAUAAUUUUGUUUUUGAAUUUUCUAUUGUAGAAGAUAGCUUCUGCGGUGACUUUCUGUUGUCAAGACAACGAUCAUCCCAUGUAAUUGGAGGGUUACCUGGUUGCACUCUCUUUUAUCUCUAUGAGCAAACAAAGGAACAAUGUUUCAUUGAAGCGUGUGCCAUGAAUGCCAAUUGGCUUUACUUUGACAGCAACAAUGGCCACUGUCGUGCUGGCAAAUGUGGUUCCAACAUAAACAAAACUGAAUGGGAAUAUGAAUGGAAUCCUGGUUCAUACAAUGGCAAAACAUACGUGAGACCACAUCACUAUGUCCCAAGAUGUCAGAAUUCCUAUUUCAUGAGGCGAACAUGGAACAAUGAUGUUAAAUCCAACUGUUACCUUAUCAGAACAGUGACGGGUAAAGGUUUACGAGAAUGUAUGAAAGCUGCAUGUGAUGACAAGGCAAAUACCCUGAACUUCUACUUUGAUGUAACACCAAGAUGUGAAAUAAAGCAUUGUAAAUGGGAUACUUCAACUAACGACUAUGCCUUUGAAUUUACCACCACCACAAACAAUGAAGCAGUUUCCGUGUAUGGCUUAGAGCACACAUUGUCUCCGUAUGAUAGUAAAUAUUGGGUAGAAACACAAAUACCAUCCCCUAACAUAACAUCCCUUAAAGGAUAUUACACUAUUGGUUUGAAGGACAGCUACUGUACUUCUGAGUCAAACUUUGUACUUCAACCAUUUAUAUGGUCAUCAAUCUCAGUCUAUAAUUGCUACGAAAACUUUGAAGGAACUGACUGGCACAUAUCAUACAACAAUGACAUAAACUGCACAUCUGGAAGCACGUAUAGAACGCUAAUUCCACCGUAUCCAGGUACACCAAGCUGUAAUUCAUCAAUCUUUGUCAUUCAUAAAUCAAAAAUUCAAUGCUACAAGUCUAACUGUGAUAGGUCACUUGUCAUCCCUGAUGCUAGGGAUCUGAGACAAUGCAUGCUAUAUGCAUGUGAACGUGGGGCUCCCGUCAUCAACUAUUACAGUGAUUCAACAUCAGUCAUUUGUGACCUCAGAUUCUGUGCCAAGUUACCAAAUGCUAAAUAUGACUUUGAGUAUGUUACCACUGGAGGUAGCUUUGAUGUUUAUGUGCUCCAGCAUGACACAAGAGAAGACCUUUCUACAACAACAUUAUCAACCACAAGUACAGCCGCCACCCAUUCAUCUACAAAGUAUCCUCUUUCAACAAGGUAUCCAGUUUCUCCAACUGUACAUUCUGAUUUACCUCCAACAGAAUCAUCUGAUUCAACUCUAACAGUAUCAUCUGUUUCAACUCCAAUAGUAUCAUCUGAUUCAACUCCAAUAGUAUCAUCUGUUUCAACUCCAAUAGUAUCAUCCGAUUCAACUCAUGAAGUUAUUUUUGAUACAUUUCCAACAGUAUCAUCAGCACCAUCAUCUGCUGAAACUCCAACAAGAUCCUCUGCUGAAACUCCAAUAGUAUCAUCUGAUUCAACUCCAAUAGUAUCAUCUGAUUCAACUCCAGCAGUAUCAUCUGAUUCAACUCCAGCAGUAUCAUCUGAUUCAACUCCAGCAGUAUCAUCUGAUUCAACUCCAGCAGUAUCAUCUGAUUCAACUCCAGCAGUAUCAUCUGAUUCGACUCCAGCAGUAUCAUCUGAUUCAACUCCAGCAGUAUCAUCUGAUUUGACUCCAGCAGUAUCAUCUGAUUCAACUCCAGCAGUAUCAUCUGAUUCAACUCCAACAGUGUCUGGUUCAACUCCAGCAGUGUCUGGUUCAACUCCAACAGUGUCUGAUUCAACUGAGAAAACAGAUGUGUGUCUACAGAAAUUGAGGCAAUAUGAACAGGAGAAAUCUGCGCUGCAGACUUCCCUUCUUAUUCUCGGUGUCUCACUGGGAGCCGCACUUGGAACUGUUAUAGGAGUAACUGUUGCACUAUGCUUCAUAUUAAAAAGAAGUCCUCAGAAGAAACAGGACACAACAACAGAUGCUAGAGGGAAUGAAGGCCUAAAUUUGAAUGACACAAGUACAGCAAAUGAAACAACAAAUGAAGAUACAUAUGAGACACUACCUGCCAAUGUUCAAGUCAAUGUCGAAGAUUUACAGUAUGGUAAUACUGAAUUCCUCCGUAACUAUGGCCAAAUAGGUUUAUCACAAUAA